CUACGCAAUGAAUUACAGAAACGGGGACGAAGGGAAUGUUUAUCGUAAAUAGUCGUUCGUUGAAUAGCUAUUGGAUGUUUAUUAUUGUUUUGUUGAUUGGUGAAAUUUUCCCAUCCGCCAAUUUUGGUUGGACGCAACUUUUUAGCGGCAAAUCAAUCUCGUUUGAUUAUUGUGAAAUUAAACUUCACUCAUUGUUUGUUUACUAUGUCGGUUUAUUUAGUAAAUCCGAGUACUGAAGAAGAAGAGGAAGAUAACCCAACCGAAGAAGGAUCGAAUGCCAUUACUAUUUCAGUAGAAGACAAUCCAACUUGUAAUGUGGCGGCUUUGCAUCAGUUUUGGCCUAAAGUAACUGAAGAUAUAAGGAAAAUAGGAACUUUAGAUUUAAAAACUCAAUCAUUACCAUUAGCUAGAAUUAAAAAAGUAAUGAAAUUGGAUGAGAAUGUUAAAAUGAUUAGUGCUGAAGCACCUAUGUUGUUUUCAAAAGCUGCAGAAAUAUUUAUCAAUGAAUUAACAUUACGUGCAUGGAUACAUACUGAGGAUAAUAGACGUAGAACAUUACAAAGAAAUGAUAUUGCCAUGGCUAUUACUAAAUAUGAUCAAUUUGAUUUUCUUAUUGACAUAGUACCUAGAGAAGAAGCAAAAAUUGUUACUAAAAGUAUAAAUGAUAAUAAGACUAAUUUGAAUCCUGAACAGGUUCAAUACUACUUUCAAUUAGCUCAACAACAACAACAACAAGCUAGUUCUCAGUCUACUACGAAUGCUGCACAAACUAUACAAAUUUUACAGCCUGUUACUAAUCAACUUGUAACAUUAAGUGGAGGAUCACAGGACCAAGUUAACAUAGAAAAUAUUGGUAAUAGUACUUCAAAUAUUACAACUAAUACAUCUACAACAGUUUCUGGUAGUCAGCCACAAGUGAUACAACUUCAAGGUAACCCACAAACUCUUAAUUCUAAUGGAACUGGUGUACUUCAAUUAGUACAACAAGUUAUUACACCAUCUGGUGAAAUACAACAUAUUCCUAUUCAACUAAAUUCAAAUCAAAUGCAAAUGCUUCGUAUGCAAGUACAAAAUUCUCCUCAAACUCAACAAGUGCAAGUAGUUCAAACAGCUCAACCACAAAUUAUACAAGUGGCUUCUCAAGCUAAUGGACCAACUCCUGUUUAUAUAUCUCAAUCAACUGUAAACCCAACAUCUAGUUCAGAAUAAUUAAUUGUAAAUAAAAUGUUUAAACUUGUGAAUAAAAAUCAAUGAAAUAUAAUUAGUUAUUUAUAGAAAUAAAAGAA